GUGGGGGUCUGCAGGAGGAAGGAGGAGGCAGAAUCGGGGACACACACAGCAGACAUGGACUUGCAUUGUGACUGUGCCGCCGAAACUCCUGCAGCAGAGCAGCCCUCUGGGAAGAUUAAUAAAACUGCUUUCAAAUUAUUUAAGAAGAGGAAAUCGGGUAGCGCCAUGCCCAGUAUAUUUGGGGUAAAAAACAAAGGGGAUGGGAAAAGCUCGAGUAAAACGGGGAUGGUGAGAAGCAAGACUCAUGAUGGAUUAGCCGAGGUGUUGAUGCUGGAAAGCAGCAAGAAGGAGGAACCGAGCAGCGGCGGGGGCAGUGCUGGUGAUGGCAGCGGGGACCAGCUGAACGCGGAUACCCACCCCAGAGCUGCAGUGACCAGUGUGAGUUCUUUAGCCAACAGCUCCGUGGCCAAGUCGCACAGUUUUUUCUCGCUGUUAAGAAAGAACGGGAGAUCGGAGAAUGGCAAAGGAGAACAUGCAGAUCAAAACAAGGCUGGCAGCAAACAAAAGAAAGGGCUGAAAGGGAUCUUUAGCAGUAUGCGCUGGCAUAAGAAGGAUAAACACGGAAAGGAAGAGGAAAAGGAGGAACCCUCAGAAAUCCAGUCCAGCCUCAUUCUGCCUGGCUCGCUAACAGCCAGCUUGGAGUGUAUCAAGGAGGAAAUUCCCAAACCUUUGUGUGAACCUGAAAAGCCCACCAAGGAAAUUAGAAAAGAGCCAUCCUGUGAGUUCCGGGGGGGAGAAGAGGUGAACGCAUCAGUGGACAAGCCUGACGUGAGGAAUUCUGGGGAGUCACUUAGCCCGGUGUUGCAUAACAACAAAAAUACACGGGGAGAGGAUGCCUCUGGGUAUCGGCAUGAGGAGAGGCACGGAGAGUCGCGGGAACCGGGGACUGGGGAGAGCCGGACAGCCCAGGAUGCAGCUAGAACAGGUGACGUUCCAAUAAAGACUAUCCCCCUUGUUGAACCUGGGUGUAACAGUGGCCCUGACACUGCUGCCCCUGACCCUUCCUCUAUUGAUCCACCCUCAGAGCCAUCGAUUGAUCGUAUUUGUUUGAUGUUUGCUGACGUCACUUCACUGAAAAGCUUUGACUCUCUUACAGGCUGUGGAGAUAUUAUUGCGGACCAGGAGGAUGAGGCAGGUGCCAGCUGCGACAAGAAUGCCUCUGGGACAGGCAAGCCAGCUCCCUCCAAAAAGAACCCCAACAUGGUGGCCUACCAAGGAGGAGGGGAGGAGAUGGCCAGCCCGGACGAAGUGGACGACACCUACCUCCAGGAAUUUUGGGACAUGCUCUCUCAGACAGAGGAUCAAGAAGCACAAGAGCCCCCAGGUGUCACAGCCAAGGUAGUAGCAGGAGCAGUAGCAGCAGCCGCCGCCAAGGAAACCAAGGUAGCCCCUGAAUCCUCCAAAGAUGGCAGGGGUAAGGAAGGAGCUAGGGAUGGCUCCUUGGUCAAAAGGAGUAGGAUCCACCGCAUUCCCAUUGAGCUGCAUCAGAAGGAGGAUUCCAAGCACCGGGAAAAGGAGCAGCAGGAAGGUGUCCCCAACAGCGAUGAGGGUUACUGGGAUUCUACUACUCCUGGACCCGAGGAAGACAGCACAAGCAGUAUCCGGAAGGAAGGGAUCCCCAGGGACAGCUACAGUGGGGAUGCUCUGUAUGAUCUCUACACAGAUCCAGAUGAAAAUCCAGUAGGUCUACCCUCUGAUGAAGAAGUGACCUGCUUGUCCCGCUCGAAGCCUGUGUCUCCAGUAACCAUAACCUGUCCCCUGAAAACACCCAGCAGUUUGAUCAAGGACUCCAAGAUCCCCAUCAGCAUCAAACACCUAGCAUCCCUUCCUGCCAGCCAUCCUGUGGUGCACCAUCACCCCACCAAGAGUGAGAUCCCCAGAACAAAAAUCCCGGUUUCCAAAGUGCUGGUCCGGAGGGUCAGCAACAGGGGGUUAGCUGGGACCACGAUCAGAGCAGCAGCCUGCCACGAAGGUGCCAAAAAGUUGUAA